CCUCCCUCUCUCUCCGUGAGUUACUGUAUUGUACUGUGUACUAAUCUUAGGAGGGGGGCUCCUCAACAAAACACACUGAAAAAAAGAAAAAGGAAAGAGGGGGGAACAGAAAGUAGCCUCCCGCUCAUCUCGUGCUUCAUUCACCCCCACCUCUGUAGCUGUAACUGUAACAGCGUAUAACCUAGCUACCGCUUUUAUUAGUCCGCUGUGCAGCACACCCGCUUUUUAUUUAGGCCUUUAUUUAUUUAUUUUAGUUUAUGGUCUGGUUUUUUAACACUCCGGGAGGGCAGAAAUGGCGGCCAACAUGUACCGGGUCGGAGAUUAUGUCUUUUUCGAGAAUUCUUCAAGCAAUCCUUAUCUGAUCCGGAGAAUAGAGGAACUGAAUAAGACGGCGAGUGGCAAUGUGGAAGCGAAGGUGGUCUGUUUCUACAGGAGAAGGGAUAUCUCACAGAGCCUCAUCCAGCUGGCAGACAAGCAUGCAAAGGACCUGGAGGAGGAGAAGGAAAGCCCUACAGAGCCAGACCUCAGUGAGAAACAGAAACACCAGCUCCGACACAGAGAGCUCUUUCUGUCCCGUCAGUAUGAAUCACUCCCUGCUACACACAUCAGGGGGAAGUGCAGCGUGGCCCUGUUAAACGAGACCGAGUCAGUACUCUCCUAUCUGGACAAAGAGGACACCUUUUUCUACUCGCUGGUGUAUGACCCUACACAGAAGACUCUGCUGGCAGACAAGGGGGAGAUACGGGUUGGUCCGCGCUUUCAGGCAGAUGUUCCUGAGAUGCUACAGGAAGGAGAAGCAGAUGACCGAGACCAGUCCAAGCUAGAAGUGAAGAUGUGGGACCCAGAAUGCCCUCUGACCAAUAAGCAGAUAGACCAGUUCCUUGUAGUAGCUCGGGCGGUGGGGACCUUUGCUCGCGCUCUGGACUGCAGCAGCUCCGUCAGACAGCCCAGCUUACACAUGAGUGCUGCCGCGGCGUCGCGGGACAUCACACUGUUCCACGCUAUGGACACACUUCACCGGCACGGCUACGACCUCUCGAGUGCCCUGAGCGUUCUGGUGCCUCAGGGGGGCCCGGUGCUCUGCAGGGACGAGAUGGAGGAGUGGAGCUCCUCAGAGGCCAACCUGUUUGAGGAGGCGCUGGAGAAAUACGGCAAGGACUUUAACGACAUCCGGCAAGACUUUCUUCCUUGGAAGUCCCUGACUAGCAUUAUUGAGUAUUAUUACAUGUGGAAAACCACAGACAGAUAUGUGCAGCAGAAACGACUGAAGGCAGCUGAAGCAGAGAGUAAACUAAAGCAAGUCUACAUCCCCACAUAUAAUAAACCCAACCCUAACCAGAUUUCUGUCAGUAACGGCAAAAUGGCCACCAUGAACGGUGCAGCGGGUCCGGGCCCCUUCCACACAGCCGGCGGGGGCCGUGCCUGCGAGAGCUGUUUCGCCAUGCAGUCUCCUCAGUGGUACUCCUGGGGUCCUCCGAACAUGCAGUGUCGCUUAUGUGUCUCCUGCUGGAUGUACUGGAAAAAGUACGGUGGCCUCAAGAUGCCAAGCAGAGCUGAAGGAGCAGAGGAGAAAACGCCUCCAAGCCCUGCUGCGACUGAGAUGCGUUCGCGUGGCCACACCCUGCGCCAGACCUCCCACAUGGUUCCGGUGAGGAACAGCGGCAGCCCCAAAUCCUCCAUGAAGACCAAGCAGGCCUUCCUGCUGCAGGCCACGCGCCUCACCAAGCUCGCACGUCACAUGUGCCGCGACCUCAUCAGGCUGCGCCGGGCUGCGCGCCGCCCCUUUGUGCCCAUUAACUGUGGCGCCAUAAAGGCGGAGUAUAUGAUCCGAGCGGCAGAAGGAAUGACAGGACGAUCCACAAAACCCAAACCCUCCCAGAGGAGCACCCUGACCAGCAUCCUGCAGUACCUCGAGUCUCGUCCUGCUCCCCACGUCCAGCGUUCCCAUCGUACGCCUGGCCUGCAGGUCCAGCCCCCCCGCCGCCUUCUCUCCUCCCUACCCAGCCACGGCCCCCUCGGCAUGCUGGGAAAACGGGCCUACCACCACCACAGCAGGGUGGAGUCCAGCGAGAGGAGAGCGAAUGCACCAGGACAAGAAAAUCAAGGUCAUAUUGUGGGACCCAUCCUGCAGCAUAACGGCCGCAGCACCGGCGGCUCCAGCCUACGGCCCAGCAACAUGAUGCUGCGCAAGCGGCGGCCUAACUGGAUUGAUGCACCAGAUGACAGCUUUUUCCUUGUUUCCAGGGAGACCAGUGCUGCAGCCGUUAGACACCUGCUCAUGGAAAGCCAGGAGGCUGCUCUCUCGUUCGCAGUUAAGAAGAGCCUGUAGGCAGCCGUGCGAGCAGAUCAGCCUGCGCAGGGUUCCCCAGGGGCCAGCGCAGGGGCCUGUUCUCGUGCCGCCCCACCCUAGUCUACGGAUGCGAGGCCCCAUCGUAAUCCACGACUGACCCUCGCCCGCCUCCUUCCAGCUGCCUGCCUCUUUCUCUUUCUCUACAGAUCUCCUCACCGGCUGCAUCUCCUCGGCCUCCAGGCCUCGUCCGCGCCCUUAUUAUAUAAAACACAGGACUACAGAAACGACAGUACUUAUUUAAACUAACACUUAUUAAAUAUCUUAUUUAAAUUGCUUCAUCCCCGACACGUACAGUACUUAGAGCACCCUCAGUGCUCCCUGCGUCUCUAUUGGUUAAGCUUCGCUCUGGAAAAAAAAAACUUCUUCUUUACGCUCUGAAACGUUGCUGAUCUUCUUUGAUUGAUAAUUUGUGGCUGUAUGGGUUUGAGCUAACAGGGUUGGCCAGGUGGAAUAUGAUCUAUAUUUUCAGAUUUUCAGAGUCUUCUGAAACAGUAUUUGUGUGCUCUUUUUGUUUUGUAAUUUUCAUGGAUCGCUGCAUCAGAGCCCUUUAUUUCUCUUACCUUCUGUGAGUAUUAUGGCAGUGUGUGAGCUGUUUUUAAACUAUGUUGGAGACGGGAGAUUUCCGCCCGAGUGUGUGUCGUACUGGACUGUACCGGAGGACAGUUUUAUGUGUAUAGCAUGGCCCUUGUAAGUCACCGGUUCUCCUCCAGUUUAAGCGAUAGUCUAAUCUGUUGGAGAGCCUGCCGAUUUGAUAUGAUACGGUUCAUUAUGAUCCUGUUUUGUACUGCAGACAAUGUGAUGAUGAUGAUAAUAAUGUGUUUCUGACUGUACUGAUGAUCAAUGUCAAUGGAGGUCCAUUGUACUCUUUGUGACUACUAUUGUACUAUUAUAUAUUACAAUUAUAUAUUCUGGAGCGAUGACUGGUAGGGAUGGGUAUCACCACCACUGAUUUGAAUUUGAAUCCCAAUUCGAUUCAGUUUCCAAUUUGAUUCAAUAUCGAUUCCUUUAAUCUCAACUUGCUGUAAUUUUCUGAGAACUAAUGUUCAGGUAAUUGUACUAGAAGCGUUCAACCUAACUUUAUUAUAAAAUAUUAGUUAGUGUGCAAGCUCCAGCCAUGUUAACUGAUGUGUAGGCCAGAUAAAAGAGCCCUAAAAAGGGUUAAAAGAGCCAAAAAGAACUUUGGAUGUAUUAAAACGUGAUAAAAGGUACUUACUUACCUUUGUUGAAUGGCUCACCUCCGCUCUCCCACAGCUUUCUGAGAUCCAAUAUUUUGUGCACUUUGCCCAAACAGGCAUUUAGAAUGAGAUUGCAGAUAAAUUGCUUUUUCCACCGUUAUUCAGGUUCAAAGUAGCUCCACACUUCAUUGGUAGAAUCCGGACAGCCCUGACAUUUAAAACGAAGCAUUUGGAACUUUAAAACUGCACAAAAAAGUUUUUUAAAACCCAGUUUUUAUAUCCCUUAGCGUAGGUAAAUCUCCAGGCACCGUCAUCUUAAAUUUAUGUCACAAUAAGUCAACCGUCGAGCACCAGAAUGAAUAGGUAGGAUAGUUGAGUAGAUUGCAAAAUUAAUUCCUUGGAAAUGCAUGAAUUCCAGCUGAACAUCUGGUUCCUGUUAAUAUUAGAAUGCAAAGAACCAACAACAAAUUGCAUAAACAUUGCUCAAACAUUGUUUUACUAUUCGUGCUUGACGGUUGAAUUAUUGUGAUUUUUUUAUUGUGAGAUUUACCUACGCUAUGGGAUGUAAUCAGAUGGGAUCCCAACAGUUUAAAAGCUUGUUUGGGCAAAUUGCACAGAAUACUGGAUCUCAGAAAGCUGCGAUAGAGCGGAGGAGAGCUAUUCAACAAAAGGUAAUUCCUUUUUGAUCACUUUUUAAUACACUCAAAGUCAAUUUUACACCAGAGUUUUCCUUUAAAGAUGUACAAAUAUGAGAAAACUAGGCUAAUUUUAAAGAUUUUUAAAGAUGGUUUGCCUUGUAAAUGGCAUACUUACCCUUACCAGCCAAUAAAGUGGUAACUUGCUCUUACUGCCUUCAACAUUAAAGGCAGGCAGCUGUACCAUUACAUAUAUGAAGAGUGGGGGGAAUGACUACACACUGAAGGUGAGCAAAACGGAGAAAAAAAACAAACCCAACUCAUUUCACAGUUUAACAGAAAAUAUGACAAAAUAAUGAGCUUGUACCAAUGAAAUUAAAUCAGUUUGAGUUUCAAUUCAAUAUACAGUAAUUUGAUUCAAUUUGAUGUAAUAGCGGUACAUUUAGAGCUAUUUCUGUUACAGGAUUACAAUUACAGGAUUUGUUUGAAUAUGAAAAUAUUUUUUUUAGAUCUUGAGCAUAAAACAUCUGGUUUCAUGAGAUUAAAGGGAGUUAAAGAGAAGGUUUACGCACACAGUCAAAAAAAUAGUGUAAUUUAAAAGGUCAAUCUUUCUGUAUGAAUCGAUAUCGGAUCAUUUAAAUGAGGAUCAAUCUGAAUCAAAAAAUCAAUUUUUUAAACCCACCCUUACUAACAGGACAGGAUGGUGAUCUACAAUACUAAAAUCCUCUAAUAACAUUAAUAAUAAUUUCUGCUGCAGUCAUAAUCCAAAUGACAAAUGUGAAUAAUGGCUUCAGGCUACUAUCGUUUACACUGAAUGGCAUUAUCCUUAACUUGAAAAAAAAAAAGUUCGAGUUAAAGGAGCCCUUUCAGGAAAAAAAAGAAAAAAAAAAGAAAGG